ACAUCGCAGGUAGAUAGAAAGGUAAUUUGUUUAUCCAUUUGAACUUUCCCUUUUUCAACUUUUCUUGCAACCCCCUUAAUACCUCCACCACCCACCCUGGUAUAAAUAAGGCUUGCAACCCUUGGUAGAGCAUCAGUUUCGUUGAGCAGUUACUUCAGUUAACAUACCAAGUGCUAACCAAAUUUACCACCACCACUACACUACAGUAAUUAUCAUCCCCUAAUUGCAACUUUUGGAUAUAAAUAGAGUUUGCACCCAGUGAUAGUUAGUCAGUUUCGUUUAACAGUUACUUCAGUUAACAUACCAAGUGCUAACCAAAUUUACCACCACCACCACUUUUCAUUUGCUGAAAAUAUCAUCCCCUAAUUGCAACUUUAGAAUUUAAAUAGAGUUUGCACCCAGUGAUAGUUAGUCAGUUUCAUUUAACAGUUACAUCAGUUAACAUACCAAGUGCAAACUUCGAGUACAUUUCAUCGCAUCAUCAUAUGUAAGUACACCUUAAAAAGUUUUAAUAUUAUCAUCAUCAUCAUUUUAAACAGCAAAUAACUACUUCAACUAGUUCAAUAGCGAUUGAAUUGUUGGUAGAUGUAUAGAAAUAGAUAGAUUGUUAGUUAUUUGUUGUUUGAAAAUUUUGUCGAUUUCGCUGGAAAGCGCGAUGAAGAGUGGAGCGAACGGGAUUCUGCGCAUUCCGAGUCGCGUUUUCCGCGUUAUUUCUUCGCGGGCCUACUUCGAUUCCAAUCAGUUACGAACGAAAUUUCUCAGAGUGUGCGCGUCUCUCUCUCAUAUAUAUAUACAAAAUAAAAAACUAUCGAAAAUUUUCUAUUAUUAUUCAUACGGGAAACGAGAGAAAGCGCUUCUUUUUUUGACUAUGUUAAAGGCGGGAUAUUCGUAUUCGUUUGUGCCGUGGGGCGUCGGGUCACGUGUUGCGUCGGCGCCGCCGCCGUCACCGGGCAACCGAAUCGUCCGUCCGUCGUUGUAGUAACGCGCUCCGCCAGUAUUAGUAGUACUUGAGCAAGAGGCGCUCGCUGUGCGUACCUCCUCUGCAUAAGCUGUACCGACGACAAAAAAGAUCGAGUGUGUGUGCGUGCGUGCGUGUGUUUGCAAGUGUUCGCGGCGAAGAGAAAUUUCGUUGAAUGCGCGGUGCUCUUCUCUCGCUGUUUCGUUCUAAUUUUAAUUAUAUUGGAUGUAUAAUAUAACGCUUAAAAAGUAAAACGAAUCGGGAGUAGUAGCAGCAGUAGCAGCAAUCAUGGAGAGCGGCGAAUUGGCGAUCGCGGCCGUCGCCUUCAUCGGGGUGUGCUUUUUCCUGUUGAAGUACAUCGUGGGAGUCUUCAACGGGGCUGAUAGAAAAGCCGGUGGACGAAAUGAAAAACAAAAUAUUCGUUCUGCAGCUUCAGAGGAAGAAAAGCAGACGACAACCGGACAACAUCACCAACAGCAGCAGCAGCAGCAGCAAUCCGUGAGAAAACGAGUAGGUGGUUCGUCGAAUCAUUCCACCAGAAAGUCGCAAGCAGUGAAUUUGCAGCAUCCCUGGCUCGUGUCCACGUUGAAAGGACACGAAGGAUCAGUACUAGAUCUUAGCUAUUCCAGCAACGGGAAAUACUUGGUCUCCAGCUCACAAGGCGACGGUGUUGUAAGUGGACGUGAAAUCGAGGAAGAGAUCAUCAUCGUCAGCAGUAGCAGCAGCAGCAGUAGCAGUAGCAGCAACAGCAGUUCACCUGUUUCGUCGACGUCAUCUUCACCAUACUUGGGAAGAUCAAAGAAAAAGGCAGUAACAGGACUUUCACGAAGACAGAAAAAGAAUCGUAAAAGUAAAAUGGCAUCGAAUGGUUCGUCGGCGGUUGGUACCGCCAAAACCCAGAUAGAAUUAGACUCGCUAUUGCAAUUGACGAUGUAUGUGCAAGAGCAAGUCUUGUCACCCGAGACUAUGAUGAAGAUGGGCUAUCCUAUGCUGGAUCCUGUUGUAAAUCAUGUUAAAAUUUACAAAGAGGAUUUGCCGUUCAUGAAGAAGGCUGCAAUCGCGGAAGCGGCAGCGUCUGCAUUGGCUGCAUCGCGUUCUGCAGUUUCCGCCUAUGCGACGAUCACGAGUAACCAGCAGAAACCGACGACUGCGGAUAUGUCUGCUGCAAAAACGGCAUCGGUGGAAGCUCAAAAAGCUGCGAAGGCGUCGGAAAGGGCAGCGGCAGCGACGACGACGGUCGAGGCGGAGGAAGAGGCAAAUAUUGCCGCUUGCUCGGCCGCUGUGGCAAAGUCGAUCUUGGAUUCACUGGACAAUAAUAAAUCGUUAAAUGUGAAUGCUCGCGAGUACGCACCGCAUACUACAGACACGUCUGACGGCAGCAGUGAGAGCGGAGGAGAGAACGAUAGCGAUGAUAGCGGUUACUCGGGCAUAGUCAAAGUGAAGAAGUGCGUAAGGUGCUCAAGCAAAUUUCGCAUCGACGCUGAGAACAUGGAUUAUUUGAGCACGGAAAAAUGCGUUUACCAUUGGGGUAAGCUUCUGAAGCCGUGGCCCGAGGCGCCAGAGCACAGAUACACGUGCUGCAACGGCGUUAAAGGUUCGGAGGGAUGCAGCAACGGACGUCUGCACGUGUGGAACGGCAUCUCCGAGGGCGAGAACGGUCCCUUCUAUGACUUUGUAACUUUGCGAGAGGCAAGAACCGAAGAGCAGCGCAACAACCCCGGCAUCUUCGCCAUAGACUGUGAGAUGUGCUACACGACGGCCGGCAUGGAGUUGGCGCGCGUCACCGUCGUCGAUCACACCGGCAAACUGUUGAUGGAUCGUUACGUGAAACCGAAACACGACAUCAUAUGCUACAAUACGAGAUUCUCGGGCAUCACUGCCGAGCACAUGAUGCCCUUCGGCCCGGCUAUUACCUUGAAACGCGCGAUACGCGAGCUAGAGAAUCACGUCUGUGCGGAGUCCAUCCUAGUCGGGCACGGAUUGGACGGCGAUCUUCGCAGUUUGCGUCUGGUUCAUGACCGAUGCGUAGACACCGCCUAUCUGUUUCCCCAUUCACAGGGUCUUCCGAUGCGUCGCGCCCUUAGGCAUAUCGUCGCCGCUCAUCUGAAACGCAACAUCCAGACCGGUUCGGACGGUCACAGCAGUUUCGAGGAUGCUAAAGCCACCAUGGAUCUUCUUGUGUGGUACAUCAAGCAGAACGUGGCUGAUAGGUUCUAAAGAAUCAUCACACGCCGUACGAGACCGCGACCAUCGGACACUUUGCAAAGUGAGAUGGGAUAUCGUACAUAGGCGAUGGCGAUGGCGGCGGCAGCGGCAGCGGCGACGAGGACGUACUGGUAAUUACUGGAAAUAAAGGGAGGAAAUCAUGAAAUUGAUAUAUAUAUAUAUAUAAAUAAAAUUCGGUAAAAGUGCCUUACUUAAAUAGCAAUAAUAAUUUAUUUAUAUGUAUAUAGUGAGAAAGAUAGGAAGUGAUAAUGACUGAAGCGAAUGGAGGAGAAGCGCUCCAUUCAAGUGAUAAUUAUAUAUAUAUAUACAUACAUAUAUAAGAAAAGACACUUCAUUCCUACAAAAAAAAAAAGCGACCCCAAUUGACCCCAACGCAACCCCCCGAAUUAAUUUAUGAACCCCAAAAGACUGAAAUCGAUUUAUAUAUAAGGUAUAAUUUAUUUUUUACGCGCAACGACGACUCGAGUGAUAAUAGUAAUUCGUUGACGAAUAGGUGAUAUAUAGAUUAUGUUUUGCAAAUGUUUGUAAAAUUGCAAGAAUCUCUCCUAUCGGGUCGACCUCUUCGUAUCGUUGGAAAAGAUGCACAGACGACCGACCGACCGUUUCCGACUAUUUCUUUUUUUUCUGUUCGUUAUGUGUAAAUGUUUUAAUUUGUAUUUCUUUUGAUUAGUUUUGUACUCCUUUUUGUAUUAGUAACGGAACCACCACCACCGAUGAACGUAAAGCGAAUUUGUGAUUCUUUUUUACCAUUAUGCGAUUAAAUCCGGACUCGAAUAUCAUCACUGUUGGAUAAUUCGAGACGGACAUAAAUAAAUUUGAAGACUCGUUUGAUAAAAAUAAA